CAAAAGUAGCCAAUAAGGCUAGACUUUCCUCUAGAUCAGCUUCCUCUACACCCAGAUCAGCGUACACGUCAGCCUAGUACAACCACAGCGCAGUUCAUUACAUUAUUUAAACCGAAGUUGGGCUAAAUUAACUAAUUCCUUUACAGAAAGAAAGAUUUGGAGAGCAAAGGAAAUGUCAAAAAAAGUGGCAGUAGUUACCGGUGCCAAUAAAGGCAUAGGACUUGCGAUUGUGAGGGAGCUUUGCAAGGCAAAAUUUUCCGGGGAUGUUAUUCUUACUGCUCGAAAUGAGAAACUUGGAAAUGAGGCAGUGAAGAUGCUGAAGUCCGAAGGAUUUGAAGUUGCUUACCACCACCUUGAUAUCUGCGACCAGGGCAGCGCCAAGCAACUGAGUAACUUUCUGCAGAAGAGUUAUGGGGGUUUGGAUGUGCUCAUUAACAACGCUGGAAUGGCCUUUAAAAGUUCCGUACGGUAGCCUAUUCUACUAUUUUGGCGUCACUUGUCAUGCAAUUGUUACUGUUUUAGCCGAUUGUAACAUUGAGGGGUUUCGUGUAGGCGUGUUUUGCACCGACUGGAAGUGGAUUGCGUUCGAUUUGGAACCGGGCUGCCUCCCGGGCAUGAGCCAGGUGCCCGCUCUGUCCGACCGCGAAGUCUGCUCAAAACAGAAGUGACUUCAUUAAGCACGUGUAGUAAUUAAUAGGAUUCUAUGUUUUCGCAUGCAAAAGUGAUUGCUUUUGAUAAAGACGAUUUAUCUGCCUUCCCAAUUAAAACUAGUUAGAAAAUUCAAACAUGUAUUUUAUGGAAAAGAGAUGUAUGUUUCUGGAUGAUGCACCAUGCUGCCUUGUUGACAAAGUGACAGUGGCGCAGAUUACUGUUCAAUUUGAGAAGUGUGCUCCUCCCUACCCGCUUUCGCCUGGGCCAGUGUAUAAUAACUCCAUCACUGUAGCCAGAUAGUGAGAGGUUUGUGGGUUGAUCUUGUGCCAUGUUUAGCAACAAUCAGCUGUUCAAUUUAAACUGCCUAGCAAUGAUAGUAGGGCUAGUUGAUUGCAACUUUUGUGUAACAUGAGUUAUGAUCCUAUGUAGCAGUGUGAUUGCAUUAGAAAAUUAUGCUCUGAAAAUAUGAUGAGUGAGGGUGACCUAUAUUGACAUAGCCCCCCUCCCCCACUCUCUCUCUCUUCUUGUAGAAAGCAAUAAUUGAUCAUCACAUUUUUUCCCUAGAUGAUGCAACUGAGCCUUUUGGAGAACAGGCUGAGGUGACCAUGCGCACCAACUUUUGGGGCACGCUGUGGGUGUGCCAUGCUCUCCUACCCCUCCUCAGACCAAAUGCCAGAGUGGUGAAUGUCUCCAGCUUUGUUAGCAAGAAGGCUCUUGAUACAUGCAGCCCUCAACUACAAGCCAAGUAUGACCUUCAUUCUGUAUUGAAAGCCCCAUUCAUGCUUAACUUCAUUCUGAAUUGUAAUCUAUUGGGGGAGAAAUAUACACUAUCUUUAUACAUCCGUCUAGCCGCAAACCUGACCAACUUGAAUGAAAGCCAGAUUCAUCCCUUCAAUAGCAGCUGUUGCAUUAGCAGAUAUGAAGAACAUUGUACUUUAGGCCACAACAGCAACAUUUGAAAAUCUAAUCAGUUUAUUAUGUCAGUUGCAAUUUUUGUCCACACAAAUGCUACUACAGAUCAUACACAACAUUUUCAAAUUAAACCAUUACUGUGAUCAUCACAUGCAGUCAUAAACCACUAUUACAAGGUCUUUUUUUCUGUUAUGUCUUGAAGGUUCCGUGAUACUGAGCUCUCUGAGGAGGAGCUGUGCUUGCUGAUGGGGGAGUUUGUUAUUGCCGCUCAGCAGGGAAACCAUCAGGCCAAUGGGUGGCCAAACACAGCCUAUGGCACAACAAAGGUAGGGUUCUGUCUGUCCACACAACUAUUAAGGGGAAAGGGCAAAUGUGACCAACUGCCUCGAUUUGGUCUUGAAAUUUGUGUUGUUGUUUUUACAUUGGAUAAAAGUAGCGACUCAGAGCUACAAAAUGGUAUAUCAUACACUGUAGUUGAGGAACAAUGGGAAAGUAAUUCUGCUUUGAAAGUUGAUUAACUUGUUACCCCACUUUUAAGAAAAUGAGCCUUGAAUGUUUUGGUACUCCUACUGGAUAGCUCCUCUUUGUCUAAACCUGUUCUGCAUCGUUCACACCCUCUUAAGCUUUAGCCCCACCCAUCUCUUUAAGGAUUCAUAUGUGAGGCCAUGUGCUAAACAAAGUGAGUAAGGUAGUGUAGUAAACAACCAAAGAUUUCAAGACUAAAAGUGGUGAAAGUAGUAGCCUAGUAUAAGGGGAUAACUCCAGGUAAAAAUGCACUUUAUCUAGUCCUUGGCAUAUAUCCUAAUCUGACUUUGAAAGUGCCCAGAUAAAAAUAUUGUAUAAAUAUUAUCAGAUGAUGCUUACCCAGACACUUGUCUAAAUUGAUGAGUCAUGUGAAAGAAAUGCUAUAACUACCCCCCCCCCCCCCCCCCCCCCCACCCCCCCCAGCCACAUCUAGCUAAGUGGAUGGCUCACUAUUGUCUAGACAUGUACUCAUGUGCAUGAAAUACAAUAGAUGGCCGUAAUCACCCCCCAGACACACCUGGCUAACUUGAUGGGUCAUGUAAUCAUUCUCUUAUGAAGUGGAGUCUUUUGUUUCGACAUGUAGCUAGCUAAACAAUGAACCAUAAUCCCAACCCAUAGCUACAGUAGACGGAUUGUCAUAGCUAGCCACUAUGCAUUAAAUACUGGAGUAUGAAUCUGCAGGUAGCUAAAGCUAACCAACUAGGUUCAAUGUUAGCUAGCUAGCUAACAUUAGGCUAUAACUAGCAAUGCAAAUAGCUUUCUGAGAUACAAAUAAUAUUACUACACAGAUCAUACACUUAACGUUAGCUAGUGAGCAAGCAAGUUAACAUUUGCUAGCUAGUUAACAGUAUGCUUUAACUUGCAAUGAAAAUCGACUUUCUGACAAAAUUAGAAACGUUAAAUAUGUGAAAAUGUAGCUAGACUCUUACCCGUAUACAUGGAUGAACGCUUCACGGCAGCGUGUCUUUUCCGUUUGGUUUGUAGCUAGCUACAGCUUGUUUGGUCCGUUGUUGUGUUAAGUCACUCCGGUUCACACUGACCUUGUGCAGAAAAGUAGUCCAUCACAACUAUUUCCCACUGAUCUUUGUUGUUAGCACCUGCUAAAUUCUGGGCAGCGACGUUGUUGAGAGCAGUAGCAACACUUUUGCAGGUAUCCAUGGCUAACGUUAUAUCUUUCAAAAAAGCUGCGGUAUCAAGGAUUAUCUACACAUACUGAGAAGCUCAUGUUAUAGACAGAAGCGUGCUACAUGGCAGACCAUUCCGAACUCAUCUUGCGGCAUGUUCAGCCCAUCCAUUAUCUCAGCCAAUCAUGGCUAGCGGGAAGGUUCCUGUCUUUUUCUGUGGCUAAACCAACUAGGCUCGUAAUUUUAACAAUUGUCUUCGUAUUUACAGCUGGCAUACAAGUUUCUUAUUAAGGCACAUGAAAGUUCACAUGUUCCAAAAAGGCAUAAAAACAAAAACGCAUUUUGAUAAAAAAAUAAAAAAGUAUUUAUUUCAAAUGCCUCUCCUGUGAAGUAGUGACUUGCGACAUACACCUAGCUUCUUGAAACAGGUGAACAAAUGGCAGAUUUAUCAUACUGUUUUUUUCACCUCUGUUUAGAUUGGAGUGACUGUGCUGUCCAGGAUUCAGGCUCAUAUUCUGACUAAAACCCGGGCAGCUGAUGGAAUCCUGCUCAACGCCUGCUGCCCUGGCUGGGUCCGCACUGACAUGGCAGGCUCAAAGGCCCCCAAGAGCCCAGAGGAAGGAGCACAGACUCCUACCUAUCUGGCACUUCUUCCUGAAGGGGCAAAGGAGCCACAUGGACAGUUGGUGUGGGACAAGACCAUUCAGGAAUGGUAG